UCACUGAAACCUUUCAAAUGUUGAAAGGCCUAGGCAGAGGAGGUGUGGAAAGGAUGUUUCCCAUGGAGGGAGAGUCUAGGACAAGAGGGCACAGCCUCAGGAUAAAGAGAUGUCGAUUCAAAAUAGAGAUGGGGAGAAAUUUCUUUGGCCAAAGGGUGGUGAAUUUGUUGCCACAUUCAGCUGUGGAGGCCAGGCCGUUGGGUGUAUUUAAGGCAGAGAUUGAUAGGUUCAUGAUUGGACAUGGCAUCAAAGGUUACAGGGAGAAGGCUGGGAACUGGGGUUGCAGAGGAGGGGAAAAAAUUCAGCCAUGAUUGAAUGGCAGAAUGGACUCGAUGGACCAGAUGACCUAAUUCUGCUCCUAUGUCUUAUGGACUUCUGUAUGUAGUGAAAUUUGUUUUUUUGCAGCAGUGGUACAGUGUGAAGACAUAAAGUUACUAAAACUUACAAAAACAAUGCAAUGCUUGUGGACUGUUCAGAUAUCUGAUGAUGGAGGGGAAGAAGCUGUUCCUAAAAUGUUGAGUGUGGUUCUUCAGUCUUCUGUGCCUCCUGUCUGAUGGUAGUGACGAGAAGAGAGUGUGUCCCGGAUGGUGAGGGUCCUUAGUGACGGAUCCUGCCUUCUUGAGGCACCACCUCAUGAAGGUAUCCUGGAUGUUGGGGAGGGUUGUGCCUGUGAUGGAGCUGACUGAGUCUACAACCCUCUGCAGUCUCUUGUGAUCCUCUGCACUGGAGACUCCACACCAGGUGGAGAUGCACCCAGUCAGAAUGCUCACCACCAUGGUAGGAGAGACGCAGGAACGGAAGAGGUCUCCAGAUCGAGCCCCCUCCAAGGAGCGGGAGAAGAAGCGCUCACGUUCCCGGGACCGUGACAGGAAACGGUCGACCUCCAAGGAGCGCAAACGGCACCGGUCACGGGAGAGGAAGCGUUCUCGCUCCAAGAGUGGCGAGCGGGAGGCGGACCGGGAGCGACACCAUGGCAAGGACAAGGAGCGAGACCGAGACAGGUCCAAGAAGGAGAGAGAACGUGAUGGACACCGUAAGGCCAGGAAGCGAUCAAGGAGCCCCUCGCCUGGAAGGCUAAAGGAUGGGAAGGUGAAGAUCAAGAAGGAGGAGGAAGAGGAAGAGGAAGAUCCAAAGAAGAACAAGGCACAGCCACUGUCCCUCGAGGAGCUGCUAGCAAAGAAGAAGGCAGCAGAAGUGGCGGAGUCCAAGCCCAAGUUCCUCUCCAAGGCAGAGAGAGAGGCGGAGGCUAUGAGAAGACGGCAGCAGGAGGUGGAGGAGCGACGGAAGGCUCAGGAGGAUGAGAGGAAGCAGAGAAAGCUGUUCCAGGAGCUGGGCAGGAAGAUGCUGGAGGACCCCCAGGAGCGUGAGAGGCGGGAGCGUCGUGAGAGGAUGGAGCGGGAGAACCAAGGGAACGAUGAGGAAGGCGGGCGUCUGAAGAUGCGUGAGGAGAAGGACAAGACCAAAGAACUGCAAGCCAUCAAGGAACGUUACUUGGGAGGUGUAAAGAAAAGGAGGAGGACGCGUCACCUCAACGACAGGAAGUUCGUCUUUGAGUGGGAUGCUUCAGAGGAUACAUCCCUGGACUACAACCCACUCUACAAGGAACGGCACCAUGUCCAACUCCUGGGGAGGGGUUUCAUUGCUGGCAUCGACCUGAAGCAGCAGAAGCGGGAGCAGUCGCGUUUCUAUGGCGACCUGAUGGAGAAGAGGCGCACCCUGGAGGAAAAGGAGCAGGAGGAGGCCAGGCUGCGGAAGGUGCGGAAGAAGGAGGCAAAGCAGAGGUGGGACGACCGACACUGGUCGCAGAAGAAGCUGGACGAGAUGACAGAGCGGGACUGGAGGAUCUUCCGGGAGGACUACAGCAUCACCACCAAGGGCGGCCGCAUUCCUAACCCUAUCCGCUCCUGGAAGGAUUCCAGCCUGCCGCUGCACAUCCAGGAGGUCAUCGACAAGUGCGGAUACAAGGAACCAACACCAAUCCAACGGCAGGCCAUUCCCAUUGGACUGCAGAACAGGGACAUCAUUGGCGUGGCAGAGACGGGCAGUGGAAAGACUGCUGCCUUCCUGAUCCCGCUGCUGGUCUGGAUCACCACCUUGCCCAAACUGGACAGGAUCGAGGAGUCUGACCAGGGCCCCUAUGCCAUCAUCCUGGCCCCGACCCGCGAGCUGGCACAGCAGAUUGAGGAGGAAACCAUCAAGUUUGGCAAGCCCCUGGGCAUCCGCACGGUUGCAGUGAUCGGGGGCAUUUCCCGGGAGGACCAGGGCUUCCGUCUGCGGAUGGGCUGUGAGAUUGUGAUUGCCACGCCAGGCCGCUUGAUCGACGUGCUGGAGAACCGGUACCUGGUGCUGAGCCGUUGCACAUACGUGGUUCUGGACGAGGCCGACAGGAUGAUCGAUAUGGGAUUCGAGCCCGAUGUGCAGCGGAUCUUGGAGCACAUGCCCGUCAGUAACCAGAAACCUGACACCGAUGAGGCCGAGGACCCCGAGAAGAUGAUGGCCAACUUUGAGCUGGGCAAGCACAAGUACAGGCAGACAGUGAUGUUCACCGCCACCAUGCCCCCAUCAGUGGAGAGACUGGCUCGCAGUUACCUGCGCAGACCUGCCGUGGUUUACAUUGGUUCCGCUGGCAAGCCCCAUGAGAGGGUUGAGCAACGCGUGUACCUGAUGUCGGAGAGCGAGAAGAGGAAGAAGCUGCUGACCCUGCUGGAACAAGGUUUCGACCCACCCAUCAUCAUUUUCGUCAACCAGAAGAAAGGCUGCGAUGUGCUGGCUAAGUCCCUGGAGAAGAUGGGGUACAAUGCCUGCACUCUACACGGUGGGAAGGGACAGGAGCAGAGAGAGUUUGCUCUGUCAAAUCUGAAGGCUGGCGCCAAGGACAUCCUGGUAGCCACUGACGUGGCUGGCCGUGGUAUUGACAUUCAUGAUGUGUCGAUGGUACUUAACUACGACAUGGCAAAGAACAUCGAAGAUUAUAUCCAUCGUAUCGGGCGGACGGGCAGAGCUGGGAAGAGCGGAGUUGCCAUCACUUUCCUGACCAAGGAGGACUCCUCUGUCUUCUACGACUUGAAGCAGGCCAUCUUAGAGAGCCCCGUCUCCUCCUGCCCCCCCGAGCUGUCCAACCAUCCCGAUGCCCAGCACAAGCCGGGCACCAUCCUCACCAAGAAAAGGAGAGAGGAGACCAUCUUCGCUUAGGGAUCCUCCCUCCCACUGAGACUCAUCCUUGUAGGCAGGUGGAGAGGGCUAGGGAGAAGGGGGAGGGUCAGAUGUUUUUACUGUAUUUAAUAUUAACCCUCACCCCAAACAGAGAGGGGGGAAAUCUAUUGCUGCAUUUAGUAUUCAGUCUUCCAUUCCUCCAUCCUUGUGAAUCGCUGCCCCACCCCCUUCAUUGUUCCCUCCCUUCCCUGGUGGACACUCCCUCUGUUCUUCCCCUCCAUCUCCAUUCCCCUCAGCAUCCCCCCCCACACUCCACGUGAGUGUAGUGAUGCAUGUCACUGUUUCUGCCCCCCCACCGUCCUGACUUGCUCGGCAAUCCCUCCUUCGUUGAGGUUGGGUCCAGUCAGGAGUUGGUCUGGGGUUUGGCAUGGGUGGGUGGAGGGUCGGCUAGGUCCAGGAAUGAGGUUGUGGGCUCCUAACACUUCCUGUUGUCCUCGCAGAAUUGGGUGGAAGGGGGUGAGGGAGCCCCAUGAUCAGUGACCUAACGCCCCCACCCAGCUCUGAAUGUCUGCUCCUAGUCUUGUACAUUCCACAGGGAGGUGUGUUCCCAAGUCCUCUCGCUCCACCCCUAAUUGCCCCUCAUCUCCCUCCUUCCCUCACUUCCCCCCUCCACUCUCCUCUUGCUCUCCCUCCCAUUUUCCCUUUGCCCUAGGCUCCACUGUCAGUUCGGAGUAUAUAAAUGUAUAUGUUUAAAUCCUUUCUAUGGCCGAAUAAAGGGAGACUAUUGUUUUACAUUUCA